AUGGCUGUGGCAAAUGUCUCUGUGGUAACUGAAUUCAUUCUCUUGGGGUUAAUAGACCAGCCUGACCUCCAAAUUCCCCUGUUUCUGAUCUUUCUACUAAUGUACAUGAUAACUGCAUUGGGAAAUUUGGCUUUAAUUAUACUCAUUGUGUUGAAUUCUCACCUUCACACCCCUAUGUAUUUUUUCCUUUUUAACUUAUCCUUUGUAGACUUUUGUUACUCUUCUGUAAUUAUACCAAAAAUGCUGAUGAACUUUACUCUAAAGAAAAAUUUUAUCUCAUAUGCGGGAUGUAUGACCCAGUUCUAUUUAUUUGGUUUCUGUGUCAUUUCUGAGUGUUAUAUUCUCACAUCAAUGGCCUAUGAUAGAUAUGUGGCCAUUUGCAAUCCACUUUUGUAUAACAUUGUCAUGUCUCCCAAGGUGUGUUCUUAUCUUAUGCUUGCUUCAUAUUUGAUGGGGUUUUCUGGUGCUAUGAUCCACACUGGAUGUGUCCUGAGACUGACUUUCUGUGAUGGAAACACCAUCAACCAUUAUUUCUGUGACCUCCUCCCUCUGCUGCAGCUCUCCUGCACCAGCACCUAUGUCAAUGAGAUAGAGGUGUUCAUUGUAGCAGGAAAGGACAUCAUUGUACCCACUGUGAUCAUCUUUAUCUCAUACGGCUUCAUCCUUUCUAGCAUAUUGCAGAUGAAGUCCACUGAGGGCAAGUCAAAGGCCUUCAGCACCUGCAGCUCCCACAUAAUUGCUGUUUCUCUGUUCUUUGGAUCUGGUGCAUUUAUGUAUCUCAAACCCAAUUCAGCUGGAACAAUGAAUAAUGGAAAGACGUCUUCAAUCAUUUAUACCAUUUUAAUUCCUAUGAUGAAUCCAUUAAUUUACAGCUUGAGGAACAAAGACAUUAAAGUUGCCUUGAGAAAAACCUUGAGAAAGAAAAUCUUUUAAUCUGAAACUGUAGCUUA